GCUUCAGGUUCGAAUUGGAUCAAGGCGAAGUGGAAUCAAGCCCGGUAUUAGGCGGCGCAAACAUACUGCACACGCCAGGGAGCAGGGCGGAGCCAGCACUGGGGGCAGGUAACUACGCGAUGUCCUCGCUAAUCGCUCGCGCCAACUCUCGUGUUCUUCAGCCGCAGGAGAAGCUGCGAAAUUUGAGAGACGCCGUCGCGAACCUGGCAAGAGAGUUCGCAGCCAUCUGGGGCCGAUACGUCCCUGCGUAUGAACUGGUCAAGCAGGGGCUUCUCAGCGACGACGCUUUGCAGAAUUCAGGUAAGGCAGCACGUUUCCCCCGACAAACGUUCGGGAUGAAGCUAGACCAGGCAUUUCCGUCACAGUGGCUGGAUGACCACAAGAAGUUCAUGUCGAGAAGAAGCACGUCGUCCAUGUCCUCCUCCAAACCGGGGGGGUUGGAGCCGGAAUAUCACAGAGAUGACAACAUGUACACUCACAGCACGACCUUGAUUGGUUCGAGAUUAUUCGGCCUGCAGUUGUGCAUGAUGUGCUGGCAUCACUAAGUAGUUCGCUGUGUUGAUGAUGCUGAGUUAGCUUCAGCAGGACAGGCACUUUUUCGUUUAUGCAAGAUGCAGCCUGUGCCUGAGACUACGAUGCGGACCAGGUGGAAUCAGAGAAGCGGGGAAAGAAUUUCUAAUACGAGGCCUUGAAAGAAACUGGUAUACAAGAAUGAUAAUGGCGAAUUAUCAUUUUUACUUCGAAUAUUGUAUAGGUGCUGUUACUGGUGCUGUGCUUUUCUGUGUGAUAUUAUCGAGGAAUACUCUUGUUCGCUAUUCGACAUAAGAAAGUAUCCUCCAUGCCUCCUCUCGAAACUGGUGGAGUCGGAGCACCCGGCUUCCAUGGACGCGUGGUCGGAGAAUACUAAUAGGUUCUGGAAGUUCUCUGUUGGGGUUCGCGGCGUUGGCCUUGUGCUCCCUCAAGAAACGGACGUGGAAAAGACGGCUCAUACCAUGUUGAAGAACGCCUCUACUCUAGAACGCGGAAGUAGUAAUUCCAAUUUCUUUCGAUGGAAAUAUUUUCCCCAUAGCUGCAUGCAUCAGCGUCACAGGAAACUUCCCUUUUUUCAGAAUACAACCAUUACCAAAGUAUAUAGUGUUUAAAAAAGUCCCACCAAGAGCCGGACAACUUGUCGUGUUGUAACGGUUGCUUUGCGCCACGACUAGACUCUGGAUCCCCGGGAAGACUCGUUGAUACAGUCCUUCCAUGCAAGACAAAAAGUUGACAGGUUUGGCUGUGGGCUUCCAGUAGGUGGUAGCGUGUGGGGUUGCGAUCGGACUAGCAAGAGAAAAAGUUUGCGUUUUAUGGAAACUUUGCAUCAGAAGCAUUUCCAACUUUCGGGAGCGGGGCACUUUUUCAACAUGAUGGGCCAGGCUCACUACUCCCAGGCGCAAAAGCGGUAUCAGAAGACCCUUACCGACGAAGUUGCCGACUUCGUGUUGUCGCGGGUAGUGAAUGACACACUGGAAUUGCUGAGGCAACGCGUGCGGGAACACGAACGCAGGAACGAGUCGACCGCAACCACCGCGUGCGCGUCUCAUCUCCUUGAAGGUAACGCC